AUGAAGUAUCUCGACAAGGCCAAAUCAGACCUUCGCAGCGAUGCCAACUGGAACAGAGCAGCUCGACUGAGCGUCAAAGGAGCUAAGGCUCUUCCUUCAGGCACAGUCCAAUACAUCUCCGACAAAGUCCCCAUUGUUGGCUGGUUACCCAAGUAUAAUCCACGAUGGCUCGUCAAUGAUCUUAUCGCCGGACUUACCCUGGGUCUGAUGCUCAUUCCUCAGGGCCUGUCCUAUGCUAAGAUCGCCAACAUUCCUGUUGAGUAUGGAUUGAUGUCGAGUUGGCUUCCAGCAGUCAUCUAUGCCUUCAUGGGAUCUACCAAAGAUGUUUCCACCGGACCAACCUCCCUCAUCGGUCUCCUCACCUCCGAGAACGUCCACGCUCUACAAGAUCGAUGGACCCCAUCAGAAAUCGCCUCCGCAACAGCCAUGAUGAUGGGUAUCUACGGCAUGAUCCUAGGCUUCCUCAAGCUCGGCUUCCUCCUCGAAUUCAUAUCCCUCCCCGUCCUUAGUGGCUUCAUCACCGCUAUCGCCAUCACAAUCAUCCUCAACCAGAUGGACUCUCUUCUUGGUGAGGAGAAUGUGCGUGACGGAGCAGCCAAGCAGAUCCAUGAUAUCUUCAGUGAGCUUCCCAACGCGAACGGCUGGGCGUGUCUCAUCGGCUUCACCGGAAUUCUGUUUCUUACAAUCCUUGAGAAGUCUGGAAAGAGGUGGAGUAAGAACAACCGAGUAAUUUGGCUUCUCUCUACAACAAGAGCUUUCUUGACCUUGGUGCUGUUCACUGGUAUCAGCUAUGCUGUCAACAAGAACAGAGGAGACGACUUUCUCUUCGACGUUGUCAAGGUCCAAUCCCAAGGCCAACAAGCCCCAUCCAUGCCCAAGGCAGACCUUAUUCCCGAAGUCGCUGGCCGCAGUAUUGCCGUCUUUAUCGGUUCGGCAGUUGAACACUUGGCCAUUGCUCGAGCCUUUGCUGUCAAGAAUAAUUACAGCUCUGACCAGAGUCAAGAACUGUGCUACCUUGGUAUCACCAACUUCUUCAACAGUUUCUUCCAUGCUAUGGGCGUUGGUGGUGCCAUGUCCCGUACCGCUGUCAACUCAUCAUGCAACGUCAAGUCUCCUCUCUCCGGUGUUGUCACCAUGGCUGUCGUUCUUGUGUGCGUGUAUGAGCUUGUUGGAACACUCUACUGGAUCCCGAAAGCUACCCUUGCUGCUAUUAUCAUCACUGCUGUGUGGGGACUCAUCUCGCCACCUUCCACCUUCUACCGCUACUGGAAGACAUCCUUGGCUGACUUCAUCGCGUCAAUGCUUGCACUCUGGAUUACACUCUUCCACUCCAGUGAAGUCGGUAUUGGUGUCGCCGUCGGAUUCAACAUUGUUUACGUUCUUCUCCGUCAAGUGUUCACCCGCCUUACCUCAACUGGUGCCGAUGUCGAGUCCAACCGUCGACCUGCUUGGGCACUAGACGUGUCCAAUACAUGUACACUUAGAAUCCCCGAAGACACCAGAGUUUUCACCUUUAACGAGUCUCUUAUCUUCCCCAAUGCCUUCUCCAACACAUCAAAGGUUCUUGAUGAGAUCCAAACCUUCCAUCAACCCUACUACAGUGGUAGCCAAGGACCAGAGGCUGAACGUAACUGGUCUGUCGUUGCUGAAAAGAGAAUCGCACGUCUUCGCAAGAAGGCCAAUAUCAGUGACCCCUCCUGCCUUCCAGAGAUUGGAUUGGUUGUCCUCGACUUCUCUCGAGUCAACAUGCUCGAUACUACAGCUGUCACAUACUUAAAGAACCUUGCCGCCAACAUCAAGACCUAUGGUGGAGAUAGAGUUGAGGUGAGGUUCGCCAACAUGAAUGCUGUCUGUCGAGAGAGAGUCGGCCGAGCGGGCUGGAACAUCAUCCAGGUCGGUUGCGAUGAUGAGUUGAGGGGUGACUUGGACAACGAAGGCGAGGCCACCUAUCUGUACUAUGAUGUGAGGGCUGCUGUGAUGGCGCCAAGAAGGAGAGGGUCGGUGUUGAGUGAUGACGGAAAGGGACGCGCGGUGCACGAAGAGAAGGCAGAAGAGGCUUGA